UGCGAAUACGUCAUCGCAGCCGCAGUAACAGCAUGGGACCUCGGUAGUGCGGAGGAGAUACAUCAGACUUCGCGGUUCGGCGCACUCCAAAAAACCAAAAGGAUCGGAUCUUAUUUCUUGUGAUUGGCAUUACCAGCACUGUUGCAAGGUGGUUUCCGAUACCCAAGGUCACCGGGUCGCCAUGGGGAAGGGGUGCAAGGUGGUGGUCUGCGGCUUGGCUUCGGUGGGGAAGACUGCGAUCCUGGAGCAGCUACUUUACGGGAAUCACACUGUCGGCUCGGAGUCCGGCGAAACGGUGGAGGACGUGUACGUGGCGUCCGUGGAGACGGACCGCGGCGUCAAGGAGCAGUUGCGCCUGUACGACACCAGGGGGCUCCACGACAGCCUGGAGCUGCCCAAGCACUACUACUCGGUGGCCGACGGCUUCGUGCUGGUCUACAGCGUGGACAGCCUGGAGUCCUUCAAGAAGGUGGACCUGCUCAAGAAGGAGAUCGACAAGUCCAGGGACAAGAAGGAGGUGGCGGUCAUCGUGCUGGGGAAUAAGACGGACCUGCGGGACCGGCGGCAGGUGGAGGCAGAGACGGCGCAGGUGUGGGCGCGGGGGGAGAAGGUGAAGCUGUGGGAGGUGAGCGUGACGGAGCGCUCCUCCCUCAUCGAGCCCUUCACCGUGCUCACCAGCCGCCUCACCCAGCCCCAGAGCAAGUCCGCCUUCCCCCUGCCCGGCCGCAAGAGCAAGGGCACGCCGUCCAACGACAUCUGAGCCGCUGCCGCCGCCAUUACGGCUCUGGAGGGAGGGGGAUUAGCGCAUCGCCGAUGGAGGGUGGGCAGGGGAGGGCAGCCAUUUUGGCUCAAGCACUUUGGAGAAGCAAUGAGAAAGUGAAGCCAUACACAAUCAGUCAGUGACUCAUUAAUUAGCCAAUCAAAUUAUUCCAUUCCCCAUAGCAACAUGUUUUAUGAUUGGUUGAUAAUCAGCGAGUCAGUGAUAGCGCUCCACCAAUGCUGGGGUUUGUGAAGCCUCAGUCUCCCAUUGCUACAUUGGAGAGGAAAGAACAAACAGAUUAUGGGGAAGUAGAUAGGGGAGCCGUUUUGGCUCAAAAACUAAGUACAAGCACAUUAUGAAGAGAUCAGGCUAGAAAGUAGUAAAGGAAGAGCUGAUGUCACAUAUUAUGUAAUAAUAUACUCUGCUUUGAUUGGUCAGUUGCUCACUCUUCCUGCGACUGGUCAUUGCGCUUUUCUUACAGUUGUGAGAGUCUGUGUGUUCUUUUUGUCUUUUUUUAAACGUUUCCUAGAAAAGAGUUUUAUUUUUGGUAAUUUACUUUUUGCACUUUACCGAUGAAGAAGCACAGGAGGUGGUUUUGGUGGAGGGUACAAUGUGUGAUGAUUUGAGGGGGGAAAAAACCCUUAGAUAUGUAGCUUGUCUUCAUUAACACUGUGAUACCCAACCUAUUAAAAGAAUGUGAAUUCACUGGA